AUGGACAAAGUCACGCUGCUCACGGCAUCCCGGCUCGAGCCCACAGUUGCUCUGCGGCCCCACUCGACUCUGAUCGUCGGCCUUGGCAAAGCGUUUGCUCUUUCGCUUCAAUUACAUCAUCGUUUGCUCAACGUUUCCCUAUUUAUCUGCCUGCAAUCGUACUUAAUCUCCCACGCUCUUCUUGCCGCAGCUUCAUAUACUUGCAAACACCUGCUCUUCUAUGCAUUCAUCGCCUCCGCAUUUAUUCUCAAACACGCAUUCGCCAUGUCCACCAAAGCCAUUUUCGACAUCUGGGACUCCAAAAGUGUCCAAAACAUCCGCGCCAGGAUCUUUUACGAAUUUGCCGUCUUCAUCUUGGGCUGCGGAAACGCCAUGUUUCUCCUCAUCUUCUGGCCCGGCUGGCUGCUCCUCGCCGGUCUCUGUUUUGCCGCAUGGAAGCUGGCUGGCUGA